CCCGCCCCCGAACCCCUCCCACUCUGCUUUAGCAUGCUGCCCAUGGGGACGGUGACCACUGCUGUCAGAGCGGUGGGUCGGGGUGGUCCGGUGGCCAGGGAGAAGCUCUAACUUCUACGUGACCAUGGUACCUGUUGAAAACACAGAGGGCCCCAAUCUGCUGAACCAGAAGGGGAGAGAGGCGGAGACCGACGGCAGCUGCGGAGCCAGCGGCGGCCGGCAUCCUGCCUGCGCGGGAGGUUGCAGCAUGUUUACCUUCCUGACAUCUGUCACUGCGGCCAUCAGCGGCCUCCUGGUGGGUUACGAACUUGGGCUCAUCUCGGGGGCUCUUCUUCAAAUCAGGACCCUGUUAGCCCUGACCUGCCAUGAACAGGAGAUGGUUGUGAGCUCCCUCCUCAUUGGGGCCUUCCUGGCCUCUCUCACUGGAGGUGUGCUGAUUGACAGGUAUGGAAGAAGGCUCACUAUCAUCCUGUCCUCCUGUCUCCUAGGACUUGGAAGCUUGGUCUUGAUAAUGAGUUUGUCCUACACAGUUCUGAUCAUGGGACGCAUUGCUGUAGGGGUUUCUAUUUCGUUGUCUUCCAUUGCCACUUGUGUGUACAUUGCAGAGAUUGCUCCCCAGCACAGAAGAGGCCUUCUUGUGUCACUGAACGAGCUGAUGAUUGUUAUCGGCAUCCUUUUUGCCUACAUUUCAAAUUACAUGUUUGCCAAUGUCUCCAAUGGUUGGAAGUAUAUGUUUGGUCUUGUGAUUCCCCUGGGGCUUUUGCAAGCCACUGCAAUGUACUUUCUUCCUCCAAGUCCUCGAUUUCUGGUAAUGAAAGGACAAGAAGAAGCUGCUGGCAAAGUUCUCGGGAAGUUAAGAAUGAUCUCAGACACCACCGAAGAACUCACUUUGAUCAAAUCUUCCUUGAAAGAUGAAUAUCAGUAUACUUUCUGGGAUCUGUUUCGCUCCAAGGACAACAUGAGGACCCGAAUCAUGAUAGGUCUGACACUGGUAUUUUUUGUACAAACCACUGGCCAGCCAAAUAUACUAUUCUAUGCAUCCACUGUCUUGAAGUCUGUUGGCUUCCAAAGCAAUGAGGCAGCUAGCCUCGCCUCCACUGGGGUUGGAGUGGUCAAGGUGGUUAGCACCAUCCCAGCAACCCUCCUGGUGGACCAUGUUGGUAGCAAAACCUUCCUCUGCAUUGGCUCCUCUGUGAUGGCUGCUUCAUUGUUGACCAUGGGUAUUGUGAAUCUCAACAUCAACAUGAACUUCACCAAUAUCUGCAGAAGCCAUAGUCCUCUUAACCAGUCCCUAGAGGAACCUGUGUUCUAUGCAACAGGGAACCUGUCAACCAGCAACAGCAGUCUUGGGGAACACUUUAAAGGAGUCACUCCCCACAGCAAGGGCUCAUUUAUGCCCAUGGGAAGUGGCGUGGACCAGAAAGGGGAGUUGACCUUCACAUCUUUACCAAAUGCUGGACUGAGCCAAACAGAACACCAGAUAGUCACAGACCCUGCUGUUGUCCCAGCUGUUUACAAAUGGUUGUCCUUGGCCAGCUUGCUUGUUUAUGUCGCUGCUUUUUCAAUUGGUCUAGGACCCAUGCCCUGGCUGCUGCUCAGUGAGAUCUUUCCUGGUGGAAUUAGAGGCCGAGCCAUGGCCCUGACCUCUAGCAUGAACUGGGGCAUCAAUCUUCUCAUCUCUUUGACAUUUCUGACGGUGACUGAUCGCAUUGGCUUGUCAUGGGUAUGCUUCAUAUAUACAAUCAUGAGUCUAGCAUCCCUGGUUUUCGUUGUUCUGUUUAUACCAGAGACAAAGGGAUGCUCUUUGGAACAAAUAUCAAUGGAGCUAGCAAAAGAGAACUAUGUGAAAAACAACAUUUGCUUCAUGAGUCAUCACCAAGAAGAAUUAGUGCCAACACGGCAUCGAGAAAGAAAGCCCCGAGAGCAGCCCCCGGAGUGUAAAAAGCUGUGUGGACGGGGACAGCCACAGCAACCUUCUGCAGGGACCUAAGGGGCUCAGAUCCUUACAUUACGGUGCAGGGGCAGGACUAACAGGGGUCUCUGCCAUGGUUUCCCCUCAAUGUCAUGGAGAAAUUUUACACGGACACCCUGAAGCUAGAAAGACAACCUUUAAUUCCUCUUCCCCAAGUGGGACCUUUGCCAAACGGCAGACGAGGCACCACCAGUGCCCCAAUGUAUCAGGCAAAACAAAACGAAAUCCUGGCAGAUUCAAUACCUUCUACCUUCUCUUCAGUGCAGCCUUUGGAAAGACCACGUUCUAGCGACGAGGCCAACCUCUGCCUUAAGCUGUCUGUGUAGCCUCUGAAGACACUCCUUGCUCUGGGUCUUCUGUCCAAACACUGUGGAUGAUUCAAUUGCACCUACGUUGUAGAUCAGGAUGGUGUUCUGGGUAAGACCCUCGUGACAACUCAAGUCCACCAGCACCAAGAUCAUGCAGCUAGUACACCACACGUAACAAAAUACUAGUUAAUCAAAAAUAUUCUUUUAUAAAUUUUAUGUCAAAUUUUUUAAAUGCUAAGAUAAACCAUUUUUCCCUUUUUAAAAGUGAUUAGAAAAGUCAAUUUAAAAAUCCUGGGACCAUAUUUAUUUAGAACUAGUUUAGUGAAUAUUAGAAAAGGAGUCCAACAUAAGGUUAUUAUUUAUCCCGAUCUCUAAGCAGUUAGGUUUAAGUUAUAAAGUCAAAUCUAUAAAAAUUGCAUCUUGGGAAGGCACUUGCGGUAGGUAACCUGUAGCAAUCUGCAGCUUUCUGCAUCCUUCCCGGUCCUCAGGAAUCUCUCUACCUCGGGCUGUGGCAGGCAGCCUCAGUGCUCACUUUCAGAUGAAUGCACACAGAAUAAAUGGACACCCACAUCAGGAUAGAUCCCUCUGUCUUUUCUGUGAUAUACAUUGAUAAGCCGUACCAGCAAAGUGGGUUUUUACCCACAGGAUGCAUUUCUCUGGCCUGUUUUUCCAGUUGAAUUUUAAGAUUUGACAAAACAUUUCACCAACAGAAUUUGCAUAUGACAGAAAACCUGUGAUAAAGAAUCUUGACUCAUUCAAUAAAUUACAGAUGGUACACCGAAAAUAACCCUUAAGGUACAAUCAGCCUAACUUGAAAAAUAAUUCAAAGUUCUAUGAACUCCCCCUCAAAGGGCUCCAUAUCCCUUAAUUUGGGAUUUUCUUCCUUUCCCUACCAAAUGGUCCCGGUCUGACAGAGAGGUCCAUGGCCCAUCACAUUCCCGUCUAGUAAAAUGCAAAGGCUUGAAUCCACACAGAGCAACAGAGAAAGCAGCACCCCCGAGCCUCAGGGGCAUGACGGGAGGGCCUGGUUCUGAAAUGUAUCAGCUGAAUUAAAGGAGGCAGGAAGAAGCCGUGAGGAAGGGAGAUUUAAAUCUUGAUUAUGUCGCGGUGUAUCUCACAUCAAGUAAGAAUGUGUGCUGUUUUCUGUUUGUUGUGGGAGGAGAAGGCAAGGUGUGUUCUGUCGAGCAUCAUUUUAAGUUUACUGCAUCUGGAAUUAUAUGCCACGUUAAAAAAACCAAAACCAAAACCCAAGGCAGGUUAUCAACCUAAGCUUUUUU